AUGGUGGAUCGUUUAGUUAAUAGUGAAGCUAAUGCAAGGAGAAUUGCUAUGGUGGAAAACUGCUUCGGGAGUUCGGGACAGCCUUUAGCAGAGCAAGGAAGAGUCUUGGUUGGUGAAGGUGUCUUGACAAAAAUGUGCAGAAAAAAGCCUAAAGCCAGACAGUUCUUUUUAUUCAAUGACAUUCUAGUGUAUGGAAAUAUUGUGAUAAACAAAAAAAAAUAUAAUAAACAGCAUGUUAUUCCAUUGGAAGAAGUAAAACUGGAGUCACUUAAAGAUGAAGGCCAAUACCGCAACGGGUGGUUAAUACGCACAGCAUCAAAGUCAUUUGCAGUGUACGCUGCCACUGCGACAGAAAAAGAAGAAUGGAUGGCUCACAUAGAAAAAUGUAUUGAGGACCUUUUAAGGAAGAGUGGCAAGCAGCCGCCUUCAGAGCACGCAGCGGUUUGGGUGCCGGACAACGAAGCGGCCAUUUGCAUGCACUGUAAGAAGACGCAGUUCACCGUUCUCAACAGACGGCAUCACUGUCGCAAGUGCGGAGCCGUGGUUUGCGGGCCUUGUUCGUCGAAGCGCUUCGUGCUGCGCACUCAGAGCGAGAAGCCGCUCCGCGUCUGCCUGCACUGCUACGACCGGCUCACCAGGGACAAGGCCCGGACACCUCGGCCCCUUCCGCCCGCCGCCGCCGUCGCGAAAGGCGCCGGAGACGCGACGGGCUCCGGCGGGGAGUCUUCGCAGGACGACGACAGCGACGACGAGGACGAGAGACCGGCCGUCGAGGACAAACACGACGAGCCAAAAUUCUACAGUGACGGCGAAAAGACUGAGGAUACCGAGAACCAUUCGUCCAAGGAUUCGACCGAUUCGACCAAAUGA